AUUCCCCGGGACCGCUCCCCCGGGGCCGCUCCGGCAGCGCUGCUCUCGCCUGCAGGAGAAGAGGAUCGCCCGCUAUCCCUACCAGUGGGCGCUGAUGGAGAGAGACAGGCGGGGGGCGGGGGGGGACAAACACUUUUUUUUUCAGGGUCUGGAGAACCUAGACUAA